AUGGGCCUUCCCGGGUUCCGCAAGCGGCGCGCUGCCGCAUCACCAGAAGCAGGCAUCAAGGAAGGAUCAUUGGUAGACGAUAAGGCUAUUGCGAAAAGAGCGACCAAAACACGACGCAAUACUCUCUUCUUUACCUCGUUCUGCUACUUGGUAGCCAUGGUUUUCCUGAUACUGGUCGAAAUUGGAAAUACCAAAAAAUCCUCCAAGGUCCUAAAUGACAUCUACUUCUUCAAACUCGAUCUUUCUGAAAUCUUAGCAACAUCGGUAUCGGGUUUGAGCAGUCUGACGUUGACGAACUCCAUCGCCCGAACACUUGGAUUGCACGACUUUUAUCAAGUUGGACUGUGGAAUUUCUGCGAGGGUUACCAAAAUGAGGGUGUCACGCACUGCUCAACGCCAACCAACCUGUGGUGGUUCAAUCCAGUCGAGAUCUUGCAAAGUGAACUCUUUGCCGGAGCGACUAUUGCUCUACCUGCUGAGGUCAACACGAUUCUGACCGUCCUUCGCAUAGCAUCUCAGGUCAUGUUCGGCUUCUUCCUCGCCGGCACGGUGCUGAGUUUUGUCCUCAUGGUUCUUGCUCCAAUCGUGGUUUACUCCCGGUGGUGGAGCUUUCCCUUUGGAGUGUUUGCAUUCAUCAACGCAUUGAUGGUCAUUGCCGCGUCAGCAGUCGCCACCGCCAUGUCGUUAAUCUUCAAUUAUGCAUUGACGUCCCAAGUAGAUCUCAACAUCAAGGUUGACAACGGCACCAAGAUGUGGGUUUUCAUGUGGCUUGCUUCUGGUUUCACAAUGCUCGCGUUCAUUAUUCACGCUGGUCUCUGCUGUUGCUGUACGUCUCGACGCGACAUCCGUACUGGGCGGAAGAAGGGCAGGAAUCUGGCUACAGCUUCUGCUGCGGAUAGCUCCGAGAAGUCCAAAAAUGGCUAUACCUUGCCAACAUUUGGUAAGAAGUCUGUUGCUCCAUCGAACUAA